GACCUUUCCACACUCGUCGUCGCAUUCCAACGAAAAAGCAAGCAAAAAGGAGCAUUUACUCGCUCCAACCCGUUAUACCACCUAGUUCCAAACGAAACGUUUCUAUGUUACCGAUAUACAUACAUGCCUCCUCACUAUCCCGUUCCCAAUUCCGAAAAGUCCCUCGUCGGUGGCGUCACGCAUGAUGACAGAGAGGGUCGGCAAUGGGUGAUGACAAGGACGAGGGAAGCGGUGAUUGGGUUUACGGUGUGGUGCUUGGGGUUGGGGGCUUUGGGACUUGUUUAUUUGAAUUAUGUGUUGAUUCGACCGUACUUUAAUCCGUUUUUUUAUGCUGCUGUUCUUUCGGUGCCGUUGCAUGGGAUCAAAGUCUCGCUAACAGAACGGAUGCAAGUGUUUUUAAAGGAUGAUCAAGAGGGUGGGACGACGGGCUCUGGGUUGGGAUGGAGGAAUGUGGUUUGGUGGAUGGUAGGAGUGCCAACCAAGAUGAUUCUAGGUAUAUUCUGGCACCUCCUUUCCGCCAUGUUUACCGUUUGUAUCCGUCUCAUCCACCGUAUAUCGACACCACAUAAUCGUAAGCAAAGAGAAAAGCCCAAGCCUACAGAACCUUCACCCUCGCUUUCCAAAACCGAGCACGAGUCUUUAAGGGGUCGAAAACACACGACCGUGCGCCGUCGAAAAGGACGGAAAGGAAUGCGUUUUCGAUCUGUUUCCGAAAGUGAUAUCCAUACCCGAUGGAAUGGGGUAGAUACCUCACCAUCGUCAACGACAUCCGGCGACGAACCCAUUUUGGAACCUCUCCAAAAAUUCUCACGCGAACUCUCCAGUAUGAUUCUCUUGGAAUCGGAAGCGAGCGAUGAGGAUGUACCCUUGCAACGACCACAUGCCACCCUCCGACACCCCGUCUCGUUUCGUAGACCCGAUAGUACGAGAGCGGUAUCCCGGAAACGAUCUUUUUCACAGUCAUUACCAGCUGCACUCGGGAUUCGUACACCGGGGUUCACGACAGCGCCCAAGGGGCAGUACCUCCAAGUUUUGUUUUUAUGGGUGGUUCGGUACGCUUUAUUUCGAUUUGUUGUUGAGAGAUGGGAGGCGAGUUUGAAAGCGUUUUCGGCGAUUGGGAUGGGUGUUGUGUGUGGGGGUGUUUGUUAUUUUGUGUGGCAUGUUGGGUUAGGGGCUUAUCGUCGGUAUGUCGUUGUGAAUGACCGAGAGCAGAAAAAGGUUCGGGAUACGACGGGGAUUGUACAAACGGGAUUGUGCCGUCAGGCUAUUGGGAGCAUACAGUGGGGGUUGGGAUGGUGUUAUCAAAAAUGUCGGGUGGGAAGCAAGCGGUGGUUACGAAGGAACUUGAAUGGGUUAUUAUCUGGACUGUUGAUUAUUUCAACGCUGGUGGCUGCAUUCGGUGGGGGUGGGUUUCUCUUGUUCAAGGUCGGACAGGAAACAGGUCUCAUCAUAGACGACACGAUCCGCUUCGUCAACCGCUCUGUUCUCGCCAACGACGAACUACGGGAGCAAGCCCUCCGCUUCGUCUCUGAUCUCGAAGCUCGAACCGUGGCCUAUUUGGAACGCGAUAAGAGCAGCGCCAACCCAUCUGACCUAACCGCCCAAGAGUUAUUCGAUAUGAUCCACAAGAGUAUAGACUACUUGGCAUUGGUGAGGAAGGAUACGGACGCUGUUGUAGAUGGAAAAAAAAAACCUAGACCGACACCCACGAGGACGACACCUGCCGAACGUGGUAUUUUUGACAUGUUACCACAGACGGGGGACCUUUUACUCCAAGUUUUCCGCGGAAAUUUUAAUUUGACGUCCUUGGCGGACCAGCUUCCCCCCGCAACCGACGAACUCCGAUCCCACGGUCUCAACCUCCUCGACACAGUUCUCCGACUAUUAGAUAAAGAUGCGAAUACAUUGUCGAAUGCAAAUGCUAUGCCGGCAUCUUUGGGGACAUUUGCGGCGCGUACCGCUCAAUUCCUGGGUGGAGCGGCGGUAGCAUUGGUGGUCCUCUUUGUUGUGGGCGUCACAUAUGCAUUUGAUGUCCUCUUUCAGUGGAUUUUGUUUUUGGCGAGUUUGUAUGCUUUUGUUGCGGGGCAUGUUGGGGUGGUUGGACAUGCGGGGCGGGUGAUUGGGUUGGUGGAUCCGAAACAAAAGUUGCGGCACGCUCUUGAACAUGCCGUUCAAUCCGCUCUGAUCGUGAACCUCAAACUCACGCUCUACCAUAUGCUCUCUACCUACCUCACCCACUCCAUCACCCACCUCGACCUCGUUUAUAUCCCUACAUUCAUUACAGGCCUCGCAACACUCAUCCCCAUUGUCCCCUCGUACUAUUUCGCCAUUCCAGCCGCGAUCCGCCUAUGGACGCGUAUGAGUGGGUGGUGGGGUGUAGUGGAAGGUGGGGGACUCUUGAUGGUCCACUUGAUUGUAGCGUGGGUGAUUGAUCCUGCGAUAUUGGAGGAAGAGAUGGGGCAUCUUGUUGAUUCUCAUCAUGUGUCGAGUACAGGUCCGAAUUUGUUGUUGACGGGUUUAGCGUUUUGGCUUGGGUAUUACCAGUUUGGGUUUCCCUUGGGAUUGGUUUUGGGGCCGUUGGUUGUCUCUUGUGUUCCGAUUGUUGUUGGGCAUUUGUAUGGGGAGUUUGUGGGUGUUGGUGGGUAGAUUGGAUGGAUGCUUAUAUUUUUUUUUAUCUGUGU